GCGAGGAUUUGUCUUUCUAGCUUCCUUGAAACAUGAAUGCGCAACUAACACGCUCGCAUAUUGACAAGAUCCUCUCCUACCUGAGGACGUCUCACCAAUUUAUCAAUUGCCAUAUGGUCGAGUUCAUAACAGAGAAAUUAUGGGAGAAGUUCAUUCCGAUGGCAAUCCAAGACGAGGUCGGAGGCAGUGGAGACAUUGAGGCCGCUACAAAGCUGUUUUUGGCCAGUGGGCAACCUAGUAGGUUCCCCAGCUUACAUAAUUUCAUUUCAAACUCGGAAGCUUACCACCUAGAAAAAUUAGAAGGCGUCCUUUUGUCGCAGGCUGAAUUGUUGAGUUCCAUCGGAGUGGAUGCGAACGUGCAGGACGAUUCCGUAAACAUCAGGGAAUUCAUGAACGAGAAGAAAAAUCAUGAGGUCGAAAUCGUUUCGAAAUUAGUGUCUACGUUAGCAUCCAACUUAUCAGAUUUGGCAGCCGAUAACAUGUACGUUUUGGAUGCUGGCGAUGGGAAGGGGUAUUUGUCGUCUAGGUUGGCUUUGCAAUAUAACAUGAAGGUGCUGGGGAUUGAUGCCAGUGAAGUUAACACCGAAGGAUCACAGAAGCGGAUGAAGAAAUUGGAGCGAGCAUGGACGGGGCUCAAGGAAAGAACAGAAAUGAUAAACAUGGGCGUAACACCACCGCGACGAACAAAGAAACCACGAGAAAGGAAUAGUAGUGAAGAGGUUACCAAAUCAGCCUCCUCAAGAUAUAAAUCAAUUAAUAACUAUAUUACGAAGGAAACCGACUUUGGUCUUCUAAUCAGACAACAUUUCGACACAGAAGAUGAUUUCAAAAUGUGCUUGACUGGUCUCCACACAUGCGGUAACCUAGCCUCUACGUGCUUGGAGGCGUUUGCAAAUAAUGCCCACAUAAAACUUCUGUGCAAUGUGGGGUGCUGCUACCAUCUACUUUCGGAAGCUUACUGCACCAAUGACAGUAACUUCACCAAUACAGAACUGAUUUCUAGAAGUAACAGUUGGGGAUUCCCCAUGAGCGAUUAUUUGAAGAGUCAAGAAGUGAAGUUGGGUCGAAACGCAAGAAUGUUGGCAUCACAAUCAAUACACAGGACCCAAACGAAAAGCGAUUUAAAUACACAAUCUCUUUUCUACCGUGCUUUGCUAGAAGUAAUCAUGAAAGAAAAGUUUCCAGAGGUUGCAGAAACCCCGCGAGUUGGGAAAGUAAAGAAAUUCUCCAAUUUCAAGGAGUAUUUGAAAAGAUGCGAUGAGAAAUGUCAGUUGCAGCUUGAUCGGCUAGAAGCCAGUUAUGUGGACGAGAUCUUGGAAAAAUAUGCGAACAUGGAGAACCUCAUAAGUCUGUUCUAUUUGGUAAGGAUGUCUUAUGCUCAGGUUAUCGAGUCUUUAAUACUUUUGGACAGGUUGUUGUACCUGAAAGAGAAAGGCAUCGAAAAAAGUUACUUGAUUCGUUUAUUUGACCCAGUGACUUCGCCUAGAUGUUAUGGAAUAGUUGCAAUAAGGUAGAAUACACUUUAUUUUAUAAAAAUUAUAUAUUUUCAAUAAAAAAUAACAAAGUC